GUAGAACCAGGAGUCGUACCGCUUCCCUCACUGUUUAUCGUGCUCAGUUGUUGUGUAUCUUUCGUAGAGUGACAGUAUCGGUGUUGCGUACUCCGUCUCUAAAGAUGCCGAUAGGAACGUGAAACCAAAGCCAAUAGACAUACAAUCUAUUCAAUGAAGCAUCACGAGUGAAACUUCAGUCUAAUCUACUUUCAUAAAGUUUCUUAAUAAUUUAAUACCUAUUUAUGUAUUUAUGUAAUCUAUAAGCAACCUAAUUUAUUUAUUUAUUUAACUUAUUUGCCAAAAUCUCGAUUCAAAACGAAAUAAAAUUAAAGUCAAGGAUUCAAUCAUUCAGUAAAACUUCAUCACACGCGUUCGAGUCAAUAAAAUUAAUUUAAACUUAAAAAUAAUUCCGACAAGUCAUUAAAUCUAGAAUUGUUUUGAGAAAACAACAAACAAACGCAAAAACCAAACUAAACAAACGACAGUAAAGUACAAAUUUAACUCUAAAACCAACCAAAUCUAUGAAACAAAACAGUCAAAAUUAAAAGAGUUGACAAUAAGUUGAACCAAAAAAGCAAAAAUUCUGAGGAAUCAUUAACGGCACAAAUUUGUCAACCGGAGCCAGUAUUAUUUCGUAAACUGACAAAUUAAAAGCAAAACAAGUACAAACAUACAACAAAGCCAGCAGAAAUAUAUAAAAGCAAACAAAUUAAUAGUUUAAAAAACCGGAGCAGAACAAACCCACACAGAGUGAUAGUUUAAAUUUCGCGCGAACAAAACAAAACUGUGAAAGUGUUCAAAAUAGCUACGAUCGAUCUUAAGUGAAAAUGUUACCUUCAUCGGCGACCCGUGAAAGAGAUUGAUUAUUUUUUGAUAUCACAAACGAAGGAUUGAAAGAAUUUAAUAUUUAUCCGUGUUGUCGUCGUCGUCGUCAUCGUUGCAUGACAGAAAAUUAUUACAUGGAAGAAAAAUAGCGGCAAAUAUACCAAAAAAAGAUCUCUAUCGUACCGUUUUAAGAGCCAGUGUUGCCAGUGUUCAAAAUCUACCUCUCAGGAAAUACCAGUGAACAGAAAACCAGUGAGCUUUGACAAACCAAAACUAAAUUUCAAAUCGGUUCCCGUCUUUGUUUCGGAAGAUUUUUCGGUUUCUCUAGUCGUCGUUGCGUCGUCGUUAAGUGACUCGAAAUCAAAGCGCGUUGUGAUCAAUUAGUGUGACCCCAAAGCAAUAGACAAACUAAGAUGUAGUAUGACAUCAAUGAUGAGUGCUAGCACUGCGGAGGAAACAGCCGACCAUAGUUUACCUUCGUUUGCCUCAUUUUCUGCGGAGCUGGAGCCCUCAUGGGAUUACUACGACCGUCAGGAGCGCUCAAACGGAUCCACGAACGGAGGUGAUGUAAUAUCCUCCCAGACAAGCAAUAGUAGUUAUACCAGACCUUGGGAAAUGGAUUCCAAGGACCAUCGCAUAGCUGCGAUCACCAAUGGCGGUGGUGGCGGGGGUUUCGAGCCUUUCCCCAAACUGCCGUCAUUCCAGAGUCAAUUCCAUGGCUACACCGAUACCGCUAUGGCCACUCCGGAGCCAAGUUUGCCACAAGUUACAGCCGUUCCGGUACCAAUUUCACCCAGCUCUGCGUCACCCGGAACAGGUGGCUCCCUUACACAACUAACACAGCUGACCCCCACGCCACUUCCAUCACUCCAAAGUGGCCUUACGUCAAUCGGAGGCUCCGGUUUUCACACGUUGAGUGCCGUCAAUCCACGUCCGUACCCGCUCGUACCUGCACCGAUCCAAGCUCGUGAUAUCCCUACCAUUAACCAACAGUACAUUGACGAACGCCACAUACAGCUGUAUCAGCCUAUAUCCAGCUUUCAGCCGCAGACCAUUCCCACCGUAACUGUGCUCAAAAAUGAAGUCGUCGACUUCGACUUGUCUACACUCAAACCCAAUACCAUCCAUCAUGGAAACUUCCAAAGUUCCAUGCUGGACAGCAACGUCUUCGUUCAAAACGGAGCUUCGCAUCCCACGUCCAUUCUCCACCAUCACCACCACCACCACCAGCAGCAGCAGCAACAACAUCAACAACAACCACAAACGCAACACCAUCACCACCAACACCACCAAACCGUGCACCAGCUGCACCAACCGCAGCACAAUCUGGUCACCCCGUCGAUCCAGGAGCACCACAUCACCAACAACAGCAAGCUGACCAGCUCGACGCCGGGCCUGGACAGCAGUACCGGUGCGCUCGGUGGUGGCAUCGGCGGCGGACUGGGCGGUGGUGGGGGCGGCCAGUCGGCGCAGAUAUCACGGAUCGCUGACAACCGCAAAAAGGAACGGCGGAAAAUACGGGCUCCCUCGCUCGAGUCCAGCGCCGAGUCCGAGGGCAGUGCAAUGGAAAUCGGUGACAGUGGCAAUCCGGGCCAGGUGGCGGCCAUCUCCAGUACGGCCAACUUCAAGAGUCCGAUGCACACGAUGAGCAUGGAUACGGACGAUGGCGGUAUGCCGGGCGAGAAGCAGACCAAGAAAAAGCGCAAACGCUGCGGUGAAUGCGUUGGCUGCUCGCGCAAGGACAACUGCGGAGACUGUGCGCCCUGUCGGAACGACAAGAGCCAUCAGAUCUGCAAAACUCGUCGGUGUGAAAAGCUAACCGAGAAGAAGAUUCUGUACGGACCCGACGGGCAGUUGCUCAAACCGGAAUCGAAACGAGGCCGGGGCAAGGGACGAUCGGGCAAAUCCAAAAAGGAGGAGAAUGCGGCCAGUGGCGGCAACACUGCUGCCACUACCACCGCCACCAACGAAGGAGGUGGCGCCACCACCGAUGCCAAUGGAGCGGUCGUGACGUACGAUGCCAACGGGCAACCUGUGCGCGAAGGAAAACGAGGCCGUGGAAGAGGACGCGGUAACGGGACUGGACGCGGACGCAAGUCGCUGAAUCUUGGUGCCACGCCAAAGAACCUGCCGCAGAACGCAUCGGCAGCUAGCCCGGCACCAGCGUCGUUGCCACACCCAUCACCGAACACCACCACCGGAGCCGCUGCCACUGUCACUUCCAAUGUGGUCCAAUCGACCCAACUGGUGACCGUCUCCGGUGCCCAAACAGGUGUAAACGCAACGCUGCUUGCCACCAACGCCAACCAGUCAUUGCAGCAGCAGCAGCAGCUUGUCCAACAAAGCCAAGUACCCACCAAUAACCAGGGUUUGCCGCAGCAGCAAGCGCCCCAGCAACAGCAACAACAAGUGCCAACAGCCGGCGUAAUCAAAGCCGAAACAAUGAAGGAUCAACCGCAGCAACCAAUGGCACCGAUGGCGUUCUACCCGACCUGGCAAGCCGACCCAUCCCAGGGCUGGCAGAAUCAGUUCAUUCAGCAGAUUCCUCAGAACACUCCCGCCAUAACACCGCUAAACUCACUCGAAUUCCAGCCACAGGGCUACGCAGCAUACCAACCGAACGGUUACGUUCAAACGGCCGGAAUCGGGUUCGACCCGAACUACGGUCGCACGUAUGCCGCACCGCCAACCGUUCAGCGGUACGAAUUCCAAACCAAUCAAAUCACACCGAUCAACCAGGUCUCGCUGCAGAGCGUUUCCUUCGCACCGACCGUCACCUACGCCGGACAGGUCUCGACCGGCCCGGCCGUAGUCUCCCACAAUCCGCACGAUCAGUUCAACCUGCAGCUGAACAAGCAGACGUCGGGAAACGACAUGCCUGGAUAUCCACGGGUGAACAGCGUACCGCCGCGCUCACUCAAUUGUAAUGGAUAUUCAGGCCAAGAAUAUGGCGGCCAAACCACCACCCAAGCCAGCUCGGCCACGACGAACGUGACCAACGCCAACGGGACUUCCACCAGCACCGGGGCCAACAGUGGCACCGGUACCGGCAGUUCCAUGCACCCACCGGCACAGGUUCCGCAGUCACCGAACAGGCAAACCCAGCAGCAACCCCCACGCCCCAACUCAAACCAACAGCUCUACACACAGCAGUCUCCCAACCCAUACAGCAGCAAUGGUAGCAACAGCAAUUUGCAGCAAUCGCCAAAUCACAACAAUGGUGCUAACAGCGCAAACAACAACAACGUUUACGCGCAGCAAUCGCAUAGCGGCAUGCACACCCCUUCACCCAUGCAAACACCAGACAAUCAUCAGUCGCCCAGUCACUUGAACGGUGGACAACAGCAAUCCCAAGGCGACUGGGUGAGCUGGAAUCAGCAACAGCAAUCUCCCGACAUGUUCAACCAGUCGGAUCGAGUGAACCUCAACUCACGGUUGAAAACGAUGAUCAUGAACAAAAACGACCCCAAGGACGGGGUCGGAGGCCUUCAACCGACAGGCCACAUGAGUCAUUUAGGAGUCCAGGGACAGGGACCGGCCCAACAACAGACCGGUCAUUUUUUAUCGUAUAGCCACCAUCUCCGAGACAGUCUAACGCCUACAUCGCUGGCAGCUGGUGGCAGUAACUCUGCCACAGGUCAGUCGCCAGUACCCAUGAUGAGUGGCGGAACAGGCAGCGGCAGCAACAGUACAUCCAAUGAUGGUACUAUCGGAGAUGGUGGCGGUAUGAUCAACAGUAUCAGCAAUAUUGUUGAUCCCAACUGGAAGCAGAGCAGCAAAUCGCCCGGUUUGGGCGGAAUUGAGAGCAACGGAGCAAACAGAGCAGAGCACGAACAUCACACGCUAAUGGGCGACCUUCAUCACGGUAGUAAGCAUCAGGGUUUUGAGCAGAAGCAGCAACUAAUUGACAAGAAUAAUACCGACCCAGGAGGUGGUGGACUCCAUCACGAUACGGGCGGCGGACACGACAUCAAACAUAAACUUCAUUCCUCUAAAUCGUCGUCUUCAUCAUCGUCCUCCUCCAAGUCUAAAAGCAGUAGCCAUAAGAAUAGCGAUAAGCAUAGCAAAUCGAAACACAAUCAUCAUCUCGACAUGAAUCAACCGAUAGACUCUAACAAAUCUUCCAGUAAUAUUAAUAGCUAUUCAAGUAGUAGUUUUAUGAGCGAUCAACACUCAUCGUCAUCGUCGUCACCGUCACCGUAUCCGAAUCUUAAUCAAACAUAUCCAGCAAUCAAUCAUAGCAGUAGUAGUAGUAACCAAUCGUCACUUGGGCUUGGUGGCUAUCCCAGUCAUCUAGACAGCAAACUGGACGAUAAAAGUCCCCUGAACCGAUUCCGCCACGACAACCUCAACAGCGGAUUCAAUCCACACCUUCCACACCAGCAGUCACCGCAAGGCAUCCACAGCGGAGCCUUCCAUCAUCCCCAAACUGCAACCAGUGGUGGCUCUUCGUCCUCCAGUUACAAUCUGAUGAACGUGAAAAAGGAACCGGGUCUCCUAGACGACGGCCAACCACCCAAGUCCGAUGGUUACGAAAAGAACUACCAAAAUUUCAUCCGCUAUGGAGAAUAUAACGACAGCAGUCAACCGCCACAAAGCCAAGUAUCCCAGCACGGCAGUUCUAGUCUUUCCGGAUCAACCAAAUCCGAAUACAACAGCUACUAUUCUCCGUACGGCACCUACCCAAACUACCAAAACUAUCCCAACUAUCAUAAUCAAAACUUCAAUAGUCCUUCAGGCAACAAUACGCUGCCACCGGCACCGGAAGUGAGCACACCAUUACCCGCCAUCACCACUCCUGUUGCCCAUCAAACCAACUUCGAGCAACAGAUCCCCGCUCACACGUACCCCAUUCCCAAAAACAGUGGCAUUCCUCAACCGGAUGUUCCUAUCAAGCUGGAGGCGGAAGACAACUCGUAUCUCACCAACGCACCGCCACUGGGUGAACCCAGCCCGAUCAACAACAAUCUUCCAGCCGCCAUACCCAAUACCACACCGAAGGCAGCAUCCGAACCGGAGGCUCCACCCCCGGUUCAACCAACCCCUGCCCCUACCACGGGAAAAUCCAAAAAGUCCGAAAAGAAGGACAAAGCUAACAAGGAUUCGUCCUCCGGCGGCGGUGACGGUGAAACCAAAACCGAAGGAAGCAGUAGCAAAUCCAGCAAAAAGAAGGAAUCCAAAGGCACGAAGAAGGAACAGGAAGCGGCCGCCAUUAAACAGGCGGAAGACGAGAAACUGGAAAAAGCGCACAAACCGGAAGCUCCGGAUUGUGAUUGCUUUACCUCUUCGGACACCAAAGCUCCGUCCGAGCCGGGAAGCUACUACACCCACCUCGGUGCCGCAACAUCCCUAGAGGAACUGCGACGUGAGACGGAAACUCGCGUGGGUCUAUCCGGCAAACAGCUACGGAUAGAGAAAGUCGUGUACACCGGCAAAGAGGGCAAGUCCAGCCAGGGAUGCCCGAUUGCCAAGUGGGUGAUACGACGAGUCGAUCCGGAGGAGAAACUUCUUUUCAUCGUCAAACGGAGACAAGGGCAUCGAUGUAAGGCGUCAUUCAUUGUGAUAUGUAUCGUAGUCUGGGAUGGUAUUCCGACGCAGGAAGCCGACAGCGUCUACCGGAUGCUGUCGGUCAAACUGAACAAAUACGGUCUUCCAACGGUACGUCGCUGUGCGACAAACGAGAACCGAACCUGCGCUUGUCAGGGUCUCGAUCCGGAAACUUGUGGAGUCUCGUACAGCUUUGGCUGCAGCUGGUCUAUGUACUAUAAUGGUUGUAAAUAUGCUCGCUCCAAAACGGUACGCAAAUUCCGUUUAUCUGUGAAGAAUGAAGAAGCAGAGAUCGAGGAACGAAUGAACAUCUUGGCGACGAUGUUGAGUCCGCUGUACGUAACGGUUGCACCUCAGGCCUUCCAAAACCAGGUCCAGUACGAACGGGAAGCACCCGACUGUCGGCUGGGACUGAAGCCCGGAAAGCCCUUCUCAGGUGUAACCUGUUGUUUGGAUUUCUGUGCCCACACGCAUCGAGACCUUCACAAUAUGCAGGAUGGAUGUACCGUGCAGGUAACGUUACUAAAACCAUUACCACCAGGCGUUAAAGCCGACGACGAGCAACUGCAUAUACUUCCGCUUUACACAAUGGAUACUACUGACGAGUUUGACAGUGAAGAAGGCCAAAAGAAAAAGGCCGAAAGCGGAGCCGUACAAGUGCUGGAGAAAUUCGCAACUGAAGUCCGAGUACGAUCAACACCGCUUCAGCCAUGCCGGCGGCACGGUAAGAAGCGAGGUAACGGCAAAGACGAGAAGACAAAGGAUGACUCCAACAAUGAGGAAUCUGUGCCAGAAACGCCGCCACCUCCUCCGCCUCCGACGAAAAAGGAGAGUAAAUCUAAGAGCAAGAAAGGUUCGAAUUCAAGCGGCAACAACAGUGGUAACGGAAGUAAUAGCCAAAACUCUUCUGGCUCCGGCUCACCAAAAGGCCAAAGUUCGAAUAGUAACAGCACAAAAAACAGUGGCGAUCCUAACGGUAACGGUAAUAAUAGUGCGACAAAUAUCAACAAACCACCCACUCCGCAAGGACAGCCGGCAGGCAACAAUGGGUCAAACAGUGCGUUCACUCCACCAAACGCAAUUACCUCGCCAAACAAUGCAGGUAACAGUACCCUCGUAGAUAUGGCUUCCAUGAUCGACAACUUCACCGAUGCCCAGCUACAGUCCAACCAGAUCUCGAGCACGGUGCUGGAUUCGCCGUACAGCUAUGACUACAACACUGGUCAGUACAUUGACAACCGACAGUACUACAACAACUGGCCCACGGAUUACUACGGUAAUCGGACCGAUCCCAACAAAAUGCUGGGACGAAACGAGGAGAUUCCUGAUACUACCACUCGACCCGGCAGCAAUAGCAGUAAUUCUGCGUUUAGUCCAAGCAUACCGGAUCCGACGAAAACGCCAACUCCUAUCCAUCUAGACGACUACAGUACCACCAAACUGAACCAACAGCAGAGCCAAAAUACGUACCACACGCUCCAGCAGCCGGAGCAAGGUUUUGUAAAACCGAAACCACCAGACUACAAUCCAGGCUACGGUUACCACCCAAAUACUCCCAUGGGCUACGGUUACCAUUCUCCUUACACGCCAUAUGAUCCGUACCAGAACUACAACUACGGCUACCCCCCUCAAACCUACCACCCUACAUAUCACAACAUGUACUCUGCCACGCAGACCCAGCUACCAGGAACUGGCCCGGCGCCGCCACCUCCACCAACUGCAGUCAUACCGGCACCUCCUCCCCCAUCCAAUUGGAACCUUUACCCACCCCAUCCGCACCAUCAAACACACAUCCCGCCCAGCGCUCCAUCCCAGCUGCACACGCCACAUCAACCCCAUCUAGGUUCCAAGCAGCACGACAUUCCUCCGGUUAUGCAGCAAGCACCGCAACCGCCCGCACCUCCGCCACCACCGAAGGAAACUCUCGGCGAAGUCACGGAAACCAACGAAAACGUGGACUGCUUCGAGGACGCCCAGAUGGGUGGAGUGGCGAUCGCGCUCCCGCACGGUAGCGUCGUGAUCGAGUGCGCCAAACUGGAGAUGCACUCGACGACAGCGCUGAAGAAGCCGAACCGCCUGAACCCGACCCGGAUGACGCUGAUCUUCUACCAGCAUCGGAAUCUGAACCGACCGAAGCACGGCAUUGCCGAGUGGGCGGAGAAGAUGCGGCUGAAGAAGCUCGGCCUGGCCGUCAACGAUCCGAUCGACGACAAGGACAUGCUGCUGAUGCAGGAGGACGACAUCAAGGCGGAACCGCUGGACGAUUUGCACCAUAUGCGGCAUAUGGGUGAUGAACACGACAUGAUGGACGUUGAAUACUCGGGUGUCUAGUGGUGAGAGAAAAAUCUGCCGCCAGGGCGACCGCUGGAUGAGCAGAUUACAGCAACACGUGGCCACAGCAACAACCAAACGACGACGCCCGGCUUUGCGACGUCGCCGUCGUCGGGGUCAUUGACACCGCAGCCGCCUCUGCAGGCGAGUAGUGGAGUGCCCGGUUCCAGCCGAGGGACGGCGUUCCACCACCAGCAGACGCAGCUGCCGCAUCAGUGGCUCCCUACCACUGCGGGGCUUCAGAGCCAACCGCAUGAAAGACAUCAUGAUCCUAACCAAUACUACUACUAUUACUACUACUGAAGACUAUAAUAUUUCGAGGAGGAUGUGAAGGAGUAUAUAUCAAUCGAUGCUAGUGACUACAUAAGGUUUAGGGUUUGGAACACUCAAUGAGGAACACUAAUCAUACGUACGCUCCAGUUUACUGGGGACUCAAAACGAGGAACUAUAAAACGUAAACAAAAAUGUUUGAAAUUUUAUUUUCGAUGGUUUGACAGGAGUUUUAUCGUGAUAAGCAUUUGAGAUAUGUUUCGCAACACAUUCAACUGCUCAAAUCUAUUCUUGGAUUGUUUCUGUUUGGAUGUCGGAAUCUGAUAAUCUUUCGAAAAAAGUCCGUUUCUGUUUGUCUUUUCGAAGAAUGAAACAAUAACAACAACAACAAACGCACCUUCAGGCACACACUAAAGAAAACAUAGGAAAAAGAUAUCAAAACUAGCUUUUGAACAAAAAAUCAAAUAUUUUGAAAACAAGAAAUAGCAAAUUUAAAGUAAAGAAGAAAAUAAUCUAUAUCGAAGUCAAGAGUACAAAACAAACAUGUUGUUAACACAAAAAAAAGAAUCUGACUGUUCCAUUUUGACUAUUAUUUUGAAAUCCAACGUUUCUCGUCGAAAAAACAUGUAUGGACCACUUAACUCCUGCAUUAAUCUCCUCGAUUUUUUGCUGCUUAUCGUAAAUUUAAAACAAACAAAAACUGAUGACAAAACAAACGUGAAAAAUGCUCUCGCUCUAGAAUUUUUCACUGGGAGAACAAAGUUCCCCCAGCACAACUACUAACUACUACGCUCUUUAGCUCCAAUUUGCUGACUUUGCUUAUCGAAAAUCGUAUGAGAUAUAUCACACAAACGUUUGCUGAUAACAAACUAGCUGUUAUAGAUUUUUUUUCUUUUGUAAAUACGAUUCUUCGUUUGAAUGCGAACUCCACUACGGAAUCGGCAAAAUGUCUCGUUUUAUCAAAGUUUUCUUUCUUUUUUCUUCCUAUUAAGUAAGAAAUCGAUUCCACUAUACUUUCUUUAGGUUAAAAUAAUUCCUAUUCCAGUCUUUUAUUUUCCUGUGAAAGUCUAGUAGGAUAAGUGAAUGCCCAGCUAGGCAUGAGGAAUGCACAUAUACAAUACACACACAUUCAAAGGGAAGACAAAAAUUUCAAAGAUGAAAAAGUAUUAGUAUUUUAACUUAGAAUCUAGGUCUUGUUUUUAUUUUAUUUUUCCUGUAUUUUUUUUUGUAAUAGCUUGUUAAGUAGGCUUUUCUCUGUAAAAUCUCUUUAACAUUAAAUUCGUUUUUACUAUUGAAUAUUAUUCUUCUAAACUGAUGAAGUGAAACAAGUAAAAGACAGUGAAAGGACAACCGUAACUCGAAUCAGUUUUAUCAAAUAAAAGAACUGAAGAAAAUGUAACCGAUCAUUUAUGUUAGGAUGUGUACAAGUGAAUGUUUUUUUAGUUUUCCUGAGAUUCAACGAUGCACGGAAUCAUUAUUUAAUUAUCUAUUUAACUAUUUAUUACAAACUAAUUCACACUCUCACAUACACAUUGCAUCCGUUUCAUAAAAAAAUGUGAAGUUGAAAUUAUCAGCAAAAGAACACAAACACACAUACAGAUAAGCGUAUAAGUAACUCUAUUAUUGUCAUUAAAUUAUCCAUUAGUUUUAAGUAUCAUUUGUCUCGUGAGCAACAAUUUUGUCUCGUAUAAUUUAAGUUUUUAGUGAAUAAACAAAACGAGUAAAACCCGUACGCAAGAAAGAGGAAAUCGACAUUUGUGCGCAUCUUGUUUAGCCAUAAAAAUAAAGGAAUGCAGCAGACCGUUUUAACACAGUGGAGACAUCAGUCAGUUAUGAUUUGACAUAUUUUCUCUUUCUUUCACACAGCAAACAAACAUGUUAAUUUGCUACUGAUCAGUAGUACAAGACCAUAAUUACAAGUAGAUGUAAAAUAAAACAGUAGGAAUGUUAUAUAGACGUAAUUAAGGCACGAAUGCAAACAAUGAUCAACACUGAAGAUGCUGAUAAUGGGAAAAGGCGCGUCAGAAGCGCAUGUGUAGAAAGAAAACAAGACAAAUUUGCCAUAUUCUGAACAAAAAAACAUUAGAACGUCAACCGUGCGUAAAAGGUAAUGAAUACUCAUAUACGUGAACAUUAUUUUACAAGUAAUACCAAUAAAUUGCAGUUUUUAAUUCAA